GCGAUGAUUCUUCAUCAAAUCAUUCUUGUCUUCUCCCUGCUCACCACACUGUAAUUUGCUUCAAUCAACUUCUCUGCGACCGAAUCGUGCUUUGCCGAGACUUCAAAAUGUGACCCAAAUGAGAACUGUCGGACAGUUGUUCACUUUGACAAGACUGGAAAUAUGGACAUUUUGGUGCGUGAAGUAGAUGUGUCCGAGUAUGUUUCAAUCGUUGUCAAUCGUGAUUCAUUUAAUACAAUCGAAUAUUUCAUCUGUGCUCCAUUCAGUGGACAACGUCUACGUGGAACGGCUCGUCCUGGUCAAACCGUAGUUUUCCGUCAGCAGAAUCUGACAAAUGUGGUGGAGAAGCUGGGGAAAAACUCAUUCCGAUGCAUUGUCAAGGCCGAUGAGCUUCCGAAAAGCUUCCAAAAGAGCCAGGAAUUUGUUGUGGCAAGAGGGAGAUUCCAGCAGUUUCUGAAAGUCGCUGAAGGAUCUCGCUUAUCGAAAUUGGAGCCAAUGAGUGACACUGAAAUGGCAUCCAAUGCAAUCAAGGAUGUUCGGGAAAUGGCUGAGCAGGAUCUUAUCGGUUCUAGGAAAACUCCAUUUUAUGAGAUGUUCACACGAUUUGCCCAGCAGAAAGUGACAUCAUCGGACCAAGAGGAUACAAUUGAGAAUCUUCAUACUCGGAAUAACUAUGAAGACAUUUUUGACGUACUGAAAAGUAAUCUCAACAAGAAUGAACAAUUGAAUGAUAUUGAUGGAAGAAACAAUCAGAAGUCAGACAAAAUGACCGAAGUAGAUCAGACUGAUAAGAUGCACCUGACGGAGUUGGAAGUAAAGCAGAAAGUUUAAAAGCCUGAGGCUCUCAUUGACUAUAAUCUUGGAAUGUCGAUUUUCACUGCCAUUCUUCUUAUUUCUCUAUUGAUCGCUAGCAUUUUUUUCGAUUUUUGUACAACAUAGGCAGAUGACCGUCGCUAAAAGAGUAUCAGCAGACGGGAAAAUAGCGUUUAUACUCUCAUGAUUUUUUAUAAAAUUAUUGCGGAUACAAAAUUGAUUAUCAUUAAAUAAAUUGUAU